CAAAAAAAUACUCCCAAGCCAAGGAGAAGGGCGAUAUUCCCGUAAAGAAGGCCGUCCGUAUUCCUUCCCAUUUAUUUCCACGCCCAGUCUCUCUCUCUCUCUCUCUCUCACUUUGACAUCCCUACUUCGAAAGCCUCAAAAAUGAAACAAAGAAUCUAAUGGCCGAUCCGAAAUUCAGAUCUCUCCCUCCCUCUCUAACAAGAAAUCCCCAACAGUUCUGAGACUUGCACUGAUUCAUAGAAAGAGAGCCUGGUAAAAAUUGGAUCGAGGAGAAUGGCGACGCUGCAGAAAUUCAAGUUCUUAGCGACUCAGUGCGCCGUAGCAGGAAGCCCAUCUCGAAGCCCGACCACGAGCCCAGUAAUCCACCUCCGCCGCCGCAAAACCCUAAGGAUGUUCCUCAGCCGCGCCGGCAGCGGCAGCCGGCGCCGCGACGAGUCCCUGGAUCACCGGAAAGAUAAUUCCGUUGCCGCCGCCGCCGCGGCGGAUGGUUCUCCCGAGAAGAUCAAGCAGCAGCUGGUGGUGAGAAGCAAGCUGAAGGACUUCUUCGUCUCCUCGCCGCCGCCGCCGCUCGAGGAGAGGGGUACGGAGAACAUACGAGAGCGGUUUUUGAGGCGAGACGAUGUGCUGUCUGGCGGCGGCGUCGGUGGUUUGGGAGGGCGGCGAGGCGGAAUUCGGCCGUUAUCGGCUGCGUUCCGGCAGCGGUUGCUGAGAAGGGCUUGGCGUCCGGUACUCGUUGCUAUACCCGAGUAGUGGUAAUUCAAAGUGUACGGAUAUUGCCAAUAUCUCGUUAUAAUUGUUAGUAUAUAUCCUUCGAUUUUGGAUUUUGUUCCAAUUUUAAUCUCAUAAAUUGAGUCUCGCCCUGGAAAAUAGCCCCUUAAAUCCUCUGAGCCGAAAAUUCUGUUUGCCCCAUGUACCGGUGUGUUUUUGGUCAUUGAAUUAUUUGGAAAUUUUAAGAGUAUAAGAAUUUUAACUUGAUCCAA